AUGACGUCUGGAAAACCUCUGCAUAUGAAGACUCCCGUCCGGGACAGCAUGACCCUGUCCAAAGUGGCGGGCACCAGCGUCUACCUCAAGAUAGACAGCGCCCAACCCUCAGGCUCCUUCAAGAUCCGGGGCAUCGGACACCUCUGCCAGAGGUGGGCUGAGCGAGGCUGUGAACAUUUCGUUUGCUCCUCAGCUGGCAACGCAGGCAUGGCGGCCGCCUAUGCUGCCAGGAAGCUGGGCAUCCCCGCCACCAUCGUCGUGCCUAAUACCACACCCGCCCUCACCAUCAAGCGGCUUAAGAAUGAGGGUGCCAUGGUCAGGGUGGUUGGUGAGAUGUUGGAUGAGGCCUUCGAACUGGCCAAGGCCCUGGCAAAGAACAACCCAGGCUGGGUCUACAUCCCUCCCUUUGACGACCCCCUCAUCUGGGAAGGCCACACUUCCAUCGUGAAAGAGCUUCAGGAGACGCUGAGUGAAAAGCCGGGGGCCAUCGCACUGUCGGUGGGCGGUGGGGGCCUGUUGUGCGGAGUGGUCCAGGGGCUGCAGGAGGUGGGCUGGGGGGACGUGCCUGUCAUCGCCAUGGAGACCAUGGGAGCCCACAGCUUCCACGUUUCCACCAUUGCCGGCAAACUCGUCUCCCUGCCCCAGACUACCAGUGUUGCCAAGGCCCUGUGUGUGAAGACCGUGGCGGCUCAGACCAUGAAGCUGUUUCGGGAACACCCCAUUUUCUCUGAAGUUGUUUCAGACCAGGAGGCUGUGGCCGCCACUGAGAAGUUUGUGGAUGAUGAGAAGAUCCUGGUAGAGCCUGCCUGUGGGGCAGCCCUGGCCGCCGUCUACAGCCAUGUGGUUCCGAAGCUGCAGGGAGAGGGGAAGCUCCGCACCCCGCUGUCCUCCCUCGUGGUCAUUGUCUGCGGGGGCAGCAACAUCAGCUUGGCGCAGCUGCAGGCCCUCAAGGAGCAGCUGGGCAUGAACGGGCUGCCCGAGUGAGGGGUGAAGGCGCUGGCCUGCUUGUCCCCCUCCCCUACCCAGAGAGCCCUGGAGGGGCUGGAGGUUCAGCAAGUGCCUUGGUGUAAAUAUGCUUGCCUGGCUGUGAGCCUGUGGCCUGGGCUGGCCAAUUACUUUCUUGCUCCCAUGAGUCCACUGUGCGGAGAGGCCCGAGCUCUGAGGUGGAGCCAGGAGGUCAGCAGCCAGCAAAGCUAUGAACUGAACUUCUUUGGUAUCUGUGUGAUGGUGCUAUGGCCACCCCUGCCGGGUGACAACCCCCCACAUGUAACACACCAGGUCCCCAGAGCAGGUGGAAGGGAUGAUAGCAGGAUGGGCCUCCUCAGAGUGGUGCCCCAACCUGGGAAGAGGGAGAGGAUCACAAUCCAGGGUUAAGGAGCCAUCUUGUCCUUCUCCCAGGAGACCCAGUUAUACUCUUACUUAUUUUUCUAAUGUACAAAUUUUUUCAUUGCAAAAGAAAAACAUAUGUUUAUGAAAUUAA